CCGAAUUUUUCAAGGACACAUCAUCAUUAUGCCGGCCUAUUAUUAGUUACGGCUCAUCUUCGUCGCCUGUUCACGAAAUUGCAUUUGAAUGCCAUCAACUUCUGAUUUCAGAUGCUGCCACUGCUAAAAAUGCCUCCUUUAUGUUCACGAGUUGUGCGAAAUUGGGCAUGGGUCGUAUUCGCCUUGAUGACCCUGAUUAGUCUUACGAGCCGCAGUCUCGUUUGUGCGACAGUGGUUUGUGCUGAAUGCCGUCCACUUAGUCUCCAAGAAGCUCCCGGAGUUGGCUUGUCAUUAGCACCUGGCUACGGGUAUCUACCGACCUACACAGGAGAGAUCGGAAAAGCAACCUUGCUGAUCUGUUCCAGUUCCGUAAGCAUUCGAUUUGCUAAUGGCACGUUUUCGGAUGUUGCUCUCGUGAAAGGAACAGAGGCAUACCUCCGAGCUAUGAAGCGUUGGCAGUAUUUUGUCUCGGAUCACCCUACUGCAGGAGGCAAGCACGAUUCCAAGAUGAGCAACUCGUCCCUGGAACGCCUUCGAUCCUGGUUCCAGUGGGGACUGCCAAACCCCGCGGGAACCCUCUAUGAGUCCCUCGACGAUUCUCUUAUCCCUAUCGUGGAGAUGAUGAGAAAACUUUACCACGAAGCGAAUCAGUCGGUACCACUGACAAACAACAACGUGUUCCUGGCAGUCCCAGACUUACAAUACGCUAUGACCUAUGAAACCUCGCGGCAUAUCGAACCGCUUCUCCAAGCAGCGGGACUCAACGGCCUCUUUUACUUAAGACAGAGCCAGCUCUCAUUACUACAUCUAUAUAACCUAGACAACUGCUACGAUAUUUGGCUAGAUGAAGUCACUUGGGUUCCAGAUGAAGAAUGCGAAGAAUAUCACGACAGAAAUAUACAGUCGGUAUUUUCCAUCCAUCUCGACGAAUCCUCCCUGACCUUGCGAUCAAUGAUUCGCGAUGACGGCCUCUUUCCCUACGAGCCCGGUGACGUCCAGUACUUUUGGGCAGAUGAGGGUGUCGGACAAGACAAGCUUGCUUAUUGGGACUGGCUGGAGCAUUCUUUGCGCGGGUUUUUGCACGACCGCGACGUCGCCUAUGACCUGUUGUUACUCUCCGGGACGCAGGCCACGGCCCUGGACUUCCAACAAAUUAUACAAAGCGUGUUGAAGGACCAUAAGAAAAUUGUGCCUCGGGACUACCUGCGGAGGCCAAUCGACCACACAUAUGCUGCUGCGAGAGGGGCCGCUCAGCUCGCGAGGGUGUACUUAUGCAGCUCCUCAUGUAUGUCUGCCCCGUGGUGUCCGACCAGUAAGCACUGUAAGAAGUGGGCACGGCACCGGGACGAUGAGGGAGCGAAGAAGAUAGAACUAUAGGGUAGCUUUGGGCAACAAUGUGAAAUUCUGGCCUUCUGUGAUACAACCGUUAGAGGAGCCUAAGUUUAUAGAGGUGUCGGAACGUCUCAAUGAGCUCCUUCUAUAGUUGAGUGUGUCACUUGUCGUGUAGGAGUUCAGUGACGACAAGCCAGCAUCAAGUGGAUGGGCGGUGAGGGAGGCCGGUUCAAGAAGAAAAGAAUGGUAUCCGAAAGUGUAAUAGGGAUACUAAAGCUGGGUUAUCCUGUUCCGAUUGACCGUAGUACUCUCAUUUAUGAAUGGCA